AUGUCCAGCCCCUGGAUCCUCGUCUCCCCCGCAUCCCGCGGCAUCGGCGCCCACCUGGUCGGGCACCUCCUCCGGACGACUGCCGCGCCGGUCCUCGCGACCUGCCGCUCGCCCGACACCACAUCGGCCAAGCACCGCCUCCUCGAGCUCCUCGCCCUGCCCGCCGUCGAGACGGAGGACCUCGCCUCCCGCCUCAAGGUCGUGAGGCUCGACGUCACGGACGAGGCCACCGUCGCCGCCGCCGCCGCCGAGGCGCGCGCCCUGUUCCCCGACGCCACGCACCAUCUCCGGCUGGCCCUCGCGACCCCGGGGAUCCUGCACCCGGAGAAGAGCCCGGCGCAGGUCGAGUACGACAGGGCGCUCGAGACCUUCCGCGUCAACACGCUGGGCCAGAUGAUGCUGAUGAAGCACUUCUCCCCCUUCCUCCCCCGCCGGACCGCCCAGCUCCUCGGCCCCUCGUCGUCAUCGUCGUCAUCCGGCGACGCCAGGGGCCUGCCGCCGGGCCACGCCGUCUGGGCCGCCAUGUCGGCGCGCGUGGGGUCGACCUCGGAUAACCACAAGGGCGGGUGGUACUCUUACCGCGCCUCCAAGGCCGGCGUCACGUCCCUGGCCAAGUCGCUGGACCUGUGGCUCCGCGCCCGCAGCGGCGACAAGGCCAUCUCCGUCGCGUACCACCCGGGGACCGUGAAGACGGGGCUCUCCGAGGCCUUCUGGAACACGGUGCCCAAGGACAAGCUGUUCGAGCCCGAGUUUGCGGUGGAGAGGAUGUGCAAGGUUUUGACCGAGGAGGUCGGGGUCGAGGGACGAGGCCGGUUUUGGGACUGGCAGGGCAAGGAGAUCUUGCCAUGA